UCACUGUAGCUGUGGGCGUCCCAGCGAGCAGUAGGGGGGAGAGCCAGAGAGGAGGAACCCAGCCGUGUGGUCCCUGGGCAGACCCCUGGGCCUUGGCCAGACAGAGCCGGCUCCAGAGCCCAGUGUCCGUGGGGUGGGGAGCACAGGGUCUCGUUUUCUCCACCGAUGUGGCCAUAGGGACAGAGGACAGGUACCAGCACGGUGUCGCACGGAGCAGCCUGUUCUACCUCAAAGGCCACGAGGUGUUUUCUGAAAUCUUGCGCCUGCUGCUGUUGGCGGCAGAGGAGUGGGGCUGGGUCAGGGCCACUUGUUGGCCAGAGGGGCCAAGUGUCUUGGCAGUGGACGGGACACAACUUGGGGCGGGAGGGACCUGUAGUGGCUGGGCUUGUGGGCCCCUCCUGCACAGGCCCUGCCGGCACGGAGGCCCUGCGGGUCCCCAGACGAGCCCCAGACACGCUUGUACCUUCGUGCUGCGCCCUUUGGGUCAGAGCCCAUUGUCUGCUGUCUGCUCGUGGCACUGAGGGGAAGAGGACUCGGUCCAGGGGUCCCAGGCCAGCCCUGGGUGGCGAGGACAGUGAAACCAGGGGGAACCGGCUUGGAGAGGUGGAGCUUGGCGGGCCUGCUCUGCAUCUGCCUGUUUGUUGCAGGGGAGCAGGUUCAGACAGCAGCAGGUGAGAAGGGCGAGGAGGCCGAGGCCUUCUGACCACGCGGGUCACGGCCCACAUCCUCCCGGGGCUGCCUGCCUGGCCCUCCGCGACUCGGCCCACGGGGGCUCCCAGGCCCCCCUAGAAAUGGACUCGCCAGCAUGAGGGCGCCACACCCUUCCUAAGGCAGUGUCCGCGAGCGGGCCUGUGUGUGACCCCAACGACUUCCUGCACCACACCGGUUCCUGCUGCUCCUCCCGUGUCUGCUUCUGAUGCGUGGUCCUCGAGUCACUUGGUGACAUGGCUCCUAAAUGGCAGGGCAGGGAGGUGCUCAGACAACUGGCUCUUGCCCUGUCCCUACACGUGUGAUCAUAGGACCCUCUAGACCCGGGGAUCGAGGCCCGGCAUCUGUGGUCGUAGCCGGGAAGUCUAAAGCAAAGCCCAAUGGAAAGAAACCUGCCGCGGAGGAGAAGAAGAUGUACCUGGAGCCAGAGUACGCCAAGUCCAGAAUCACUGACGUUGGGUUCAAGGAGCUGGUGGUGCUGCCCCGGGAGAUCGACCUCAACGAGUGGCUGGCCAGCAACACCACCACGUUUUUCCACCACGUCAACCUGCAGUACAGCACCAUCUCUGAGUUUUGCACAGGAGAGGCAUGCCAGACGAUGGCCGUGUGCAACACACAGUACUACUGGUACGAUGAGCGGGGGAAGAAGGUCAAGUGCACCGCUCCCCAGUACGUCGACUUUGUCAUGAGCUCUGUGCAGAAGCUGGUGACUGAUGAGGACGUGUUCCCCACGAAAUACGGCAGGGAAUUCCCCAGCUCCUUCGAGUCUCUGGUGAAGAAGAUCUGCAAGUACCUGUUCCACGUGCUGGCGCACAUCUACUGGUCCCACUUCAAGGAGACCCUGGCCCUUGAGCUGCACGGACACUUGAACACACUCUACGUCCACUUCAUCCUCUUUGCCAGGGAGUUCAACCUGCUCGACCCCAAAGACACCGCCGUCAUGGACGACCUCACGGAGGUGCUGUGCAGCGGCGGCGGCGGCGGCGGCGGCGGGGGCCGCGGCGGGGGCGGGGCCGGCGGCGGGGGCGGGGCCAGCGGCGGGGGCGCGGGGGCACAGAACCACGUGAAGGAGAGGUGAGCCCCCGGCCGGACAGGCGUGCACGUGUGCAGAGAGACGGUGGUCCGUGUGCCUGCGUGUGCGCGCACACGUCCCGGGCGCGCUCGGCGGGAGGUCUGAGAGGCUGACGCCGCCCCCCCUGCCCGGCCCCGGGCGCGCCGAGCGCGGGCUCCCCGGACGCCGGCAGGCCGCGCGUCGGACUGGCCCCCGCCGGGGCUGUCCUGUUGGAUGGAUGAGUGCCGCUUGUCAAGAAGGACCCUCGGAUUUCAUUCGUUCGCUCGACAGCGUUUAUGGGACUGCCGGUCUGAGUUUCCUUCUCCUGUGGGGCUUUCCUUUCCUUGGUCUUCCGUGUGGCGCCUGCCCCCGCCUCCCCUGAGGGCUCUGCUGUUUUGAGAGAAACACACCAGUGAGAGCCGGGGCUCCUUCCCAGGAGGGACUCUGGCUCGCUUUGGUUUGGCAUCAGGGUGGGGUUAUUCUAGAGAUUCCGCCCCAUCCCCCCCUCAGACCUCCCUCUCCUGGCCUUGCUUGGAUCUUGGCUGUUGGCGGCUCAGAGCAGGUGGGGUAAGGUGGGCGUGGCCGGGGGUGCCCCACAGGGGCCCUGACCCUGUGGCCAUGUCCCCCUCUCUCCUGCCCCUGCUGCCCACGAGGGCCCCUGGACUAGCUGGGCCUAGGACCGAGGUGCCUGGGCGGACGGACGGCCUGUGUGGAGAAGCGGCUGUUGGCGGAAGGCUGGGUGUCCCUGCUCCGCUCACCUGUUCGGUCGGUCGUAAUAAAAAGAAUUCUCUCA